CCACCCCACCCCACCCCAACCAUGGCUCAAGGCGCAGCCAAGGGCCUCAAGGCGAAGAAGGAGUCGGGCGGCCGCAAAAAGGGCGGCAAGCUCCCCAAGGGCCGCCGCGAGUUUGCGCCCAAGAAGCUCGACCAUGUGCGGGAGAAGAUCACGACCAAGAAACUCUCCUCCAAGAUCAACAACUCGAUCGAGAAGCAGAUGGUCAACGCCGCGUCUAGUGGCAAGCUCACCAUCAUGAAGAACAAGGGCGACCUCGAGGCCGGCAAGGGCAAGAAGUAGCCUGCGGGUGCACGAAGCGCGACUGCAUAGAUCGAGGCGGACUGUUGUACGAUACAUGUAUGGCUUGGUGGAG